CAAAACGGGAACGCCACGCACUCGCGCAAAGUUGGCAAAUAUUGCAGUAGGAUGUAGUAAAAGUGGCCUAGGGCAACAGUGAUUAAGUUAAAAAAUUUACAUAUUCUAAAAAUACGUUGCACAAGUUUUUUUUUAUUAAAAUAUGCCAUAGGUUGUUGGUAAACUAUAUCUCAAAUCUAAGAAAAAAUUGCCGGUUUAAAAAGCUAAUUCAAUAAAGUUUUAUACCAUCGAAUAUGAUAUUUAAAGCGUUGUGUAAUACAAAAUAAAUAACGCAUACAGAUUAAAGCUUAUUUUAAAUUUAACUAAGAGUAACUAAUUAUUUUGAAAUGGAAAUGGAUGAUUUUGCAAAGAAGUGCAAAAUUGAGAACAAUAACGAAUUAGGAAGAUAUGUUACGGCAGCAGCGGACAUCAGAGCUGGCGAAACUUGUCUGCUAGAACAGCCAAUAUUACUUCUGGCUGCUAACGGCGAUAGACGUUGUUCGAAUUGCUUGAAACUAACCACCGAAUUUUGCAGAAUUUGCCAGGUGUUUCUGCUCUGUGACAAUUGUGCAUACCACAAUGAGUAUGACUGUCGCUUGGUUGCUGAUAUGAAGGGAUUACGCAUUGACUUGCUCAAAGGAAAUCCCACAACCUACGGUCUUCUCAAAUGUAUGAUUUUACGUGAAAAUCCAGAACAUGCCCCAUAUUAUGAACAAUUACUACAAAUGGAACCGCAUUUAGAAGAACGACGCGACACCGAAAUUUGGAAGGAGCUACAAAAAAACUCCAUUGAGCCCAUACUAAAUUCAGGUUUAACCCAGUACCUGAAAGAUGGAAAAUCCAUAAAUGAAACGCUGCUACAGAAAAUCUGGGGCAUAAUUGAUGUUAAUUGCUUCGAGGUGCGAGCACCGGACGAAGGUCAGUUACGUGGCGUCUAUCCGCGUGCAGCACUCUUGGCGCACAGUUGUGUAUCGAAUGUGCAGCUGUGCAAUGAUGAAAAUUAUCAAAUGAAAAUAUUUGCAACACGCGAUAUACCCAAAGGGGAUAUGCUCUAUAAUUGUUACACAAAUGUACUUUUGGGCACCGACGAGCGACGUCAUCUGUUGAAGGUAGGCAAGUAUUUCGACUGCAAAUGUGAACGUUGCGAAGAUCCCACCGAGCUGGGCUCGCAUAUGAGUAGUUAUAUGUGUGCACGUUGUGCCGACAAUAAACGGAAUGGUGGUUAUAUAGUUAAGAUGAAGAGGGAUGAAGCAGCAAAAAAACCACAGACGCAGACAAAGACGCCACAACAAUUGAAAAGUCCGCCUAAACAAUUGUGGGUGUGGCAGUGCCUGCAGUGCGAACACACGCUUAGCGCGGAUACUGUGCAACAGCUGGUAGAACGCGCCAAAGAAGAAGUAUUCCAUGCUAAGGAUGAUGUUACUCGUUACGAGCUUUUGCUUGCCAAACUCACGCGCUACUUCCACCCUAAUCAUUACAUCUUGUUGGAUAUAAAACAGAAUAUUGCGGCGAUCUUGCGUUCCAUUCUACAAAACGUGGCAUUGCAGCCGGGUCGUAAGGUCUACGAGCGAAAAGUGCGAUUAUGUCAGGAUAUAUUCGGUAUAUUGCAAAUGAUAUUACCGGGCAUUUCGCGCCUGAAAGCGAUUGUGCUUUAUGAAAUGGCCAACACCUCUGCAGAAUUGCACCGUAUGCGGUAUGAGGAAAAGGAAGUGGAGAAGACGGAAUUGGUGGAGCUUUUAAAACGAGUUGAAAUGAUGCUAAGAGAAUCAAUACGUAUGCUACUGUAUGAACCACCAGAAACGCCAGAAGGUCAAAUGACCAAAGGAAUGUUAAAAGAACUUAAGGAUUUGCAGACCGACAUAAAAUAUUUGGAAAAAAAUUAAAAAACAAG